CAGCCGCCGCCGCUGCCGUGUUUACUGAGCUCGCGCGUCCUGAUAUCACUCCGCUGGCAUGGAGGAGGAGGAGGAGGUGGAGGAGCGAGAGGAGGAGGAGGAGGCGGCGGCGGCGGCGGUGGCGGCGGCGAGCAGUUGAUCAUUGUGAUGGUGGCAGGAGCAGCGGCGGCAGCGGCAGCCCAGCCGAGCGUUAGGGGCUGCUCUCCGCGCGGCGUUUUGCAAAGGACUUCACCGAUCUACUUUUGCAGUCGCCUCGGACUGUCCAUGUGUUUACUUCCCCCAGCCCGAGGAUUCGCUAUCUAGGAUCCUGUGAAAUGCAACUGAGCAGCCAAAGUACUUUGAGAACACGGGGCGGCAUAAACACCAAAACUUUUUUGUGGAAGGAAAAUGCAAUAAGCAAGCUUGCCGUUUUCCGAUGCGGUGUGGAGUGAGUGUGUGUCGCGCGUGUCCGCACUGGAGGCAUAUGCUUGUGUGUGUACAUGGGGUGUGUUUUUCGGUACGUAGGGAGAAAAUGCUUGCCAACCACCGGAAAUCUCCUGGAAUUUAUUAGAAAAUAAUGGAUUAUAAAAAGAAGGCAGGAGAGGAGCGGAUCUCCCCUUGAGUUGCAACCCGAUUUGCUGCUGGCUCAGUUUUGUUGUGAUUCUUUUUGUUGAUAGGUGUCUGAUGGCAUUCUGAUCCCCCCCCCUUUUUUCUCCUUGAGCUUUACAGUUUUUACAAAAAAGGGAAACAAAAAACCACCCCAAAAUCUCUCCCCCCGCCUUUUUUUUUUGCCCCGUCGGGAUUGCUGUUUCCAUCCAUGUGCUUGCGUCUCCCCCGCGUUCCACUUAAACUAUUUUAAUCCUUGGACCCAAGGAGGAGGCUGAUAGGGGGGUGGAUAAAAAAAGUUCUUCCAAAAUAGUGUGCCCGGGGAGCAGGAUGGGGGAUUUCGCAGCCCCCGCUGCUGCCGCGAAUGGCAGUAGUAUUUGCAUCAACAGUAGCCUGAACAGCAGCCUCGCCGGGGCCGGGAUCGGUGUGAAUAAUACUCCCAAUAGUACUCCAGCUGCUCCGAGUAGCAGUCACCCCGCUGCCGGCUGUGGCGGCGGCGGCGGCGGCUCCGGGGGCCACGGCGGCAGCUCGGCGGCCGUUCCCAAGCACAGCACCGUGGUGGAGCGGCUCCGCCAGCGCAUCGAAGGCUGCCGGAGGCACCACGUCAAUUGCGAGAACAGGUACCAGCAGGCUCAGGUGGAGCAGCUGGAGCUGGAGCGUCGGGACACGGUGAGCCUCUACCAGCGCACUCUGGAGCAGAGGGCCAAGAAAUCGGGCGCCGGCAAGCAGCAGCACCAGAGCAAACCCCAGCAAGAUGCGGAGGCUGCCUCGGCUGAGCAGAGGAAUCACACGCUGAUCAUGCUCCAGGAGACUGUGAAAAGGAAGUUGGAAGGAGCCCGAUCACCACUUAAUGGAGACCAGCAGAAUGGUGCUUGCGAUGGGAGUUUUUCUCCAACCAGCAAGCGAAUACGCAAGGACAUUCCCACCGGGAUGGAAGCCAUCAACAGUUUGCCCAACAACAUGCCACUGCCUUCAGCUUCUCCUCUGCACCAACUUGACCUGAAGCCUUCUUUGCCCUUGCAAAAUAGCGGGGCUCACACUCCUGGGCUCCUAGAAGACCUAAGUAAGAAUGGCAGGCUCCCGGAGAUUAAGCUGCAGCCUGUUAAUGGUUGCAGUGACCUGGAAGAUAGCUUCGCCAUCUUGCAGAACAAGGACCUCAAACAAGAACCUCUAGACGACCCUACCUGCAUAGACACGUCAGAAACAUCUCUUUCAAAUCAGAACAAGCUGUUCUCAGAUAUUAACCUGAAUGACCAGGAGUGGCAAGAAUUAAUCGAUGAGCUGGCCAACACGGUUCCUGAGGAUGACAUACAGGACCUGUUCAAUGAAGACUUUGAAGAGAAGAAGGAGCCAGAAUUCUCGCAGCCAGCGACAGAGACCCCUCUCUCCCAGGAGAGUGUGAGCGUGAAGAGCGACCCCUCUCACUCUCCUUUUACACAUAUCUCCAUGGGCUCUCCCCAGACAAGGCCUUCUUCCGGUCCUCCCUUUUCCACCGUCUCCACGGCCACCAGUUUACCUUCUGUUGCCAACACUCCUGCAGCUCCGAACCCCGCCAGCUCCCCAGCAAACUGUGCGGUCCAGUCCCCGCCAACUCCAAACCCAGCCCACACCCCGGGCCAAGCUCCACCUCGGCCUGGCAAUGGUUAUCUCCUCAAUCCAGCAGCAGUGCCGGUAGCUGGCUCGGGGUCAGGCCCGGGGGCUGUGCCCAGCUCCGACAUGUCUCCAGCGGAGCAGCUCAAACAGAUGGCAGCGCAGCAACAGCAGAGGGCCAAGCUCAUGCAGCAGCAGCAGCAGCAGCAGCAGCACCCAAACCAGACUUCCAGCUGGUCCCCGUUGGGGCCUCCAUCCAGUCCAUACGGCGCAGCUUUCACUGCAGAAAAACCAAAUAGCCCCAUGAUGUACCCCCAAGCCUUUAACAACCAAAACCCCAUAGUGCCUCCGAUGGCAAACAACCUGCAGAAGACGACAAUGAAUAACUACCUCCCGCAGAAUCACAUGAACAUGAUCAAUCAGCAGCCAAAUAACUUGGGUACAAACUCCUUAAACAAACAGCACAACCUUCUCUCUUACGGCAACACUAAGCCUUUGACCCAUUUCAAUGCGGACUUGAGUCAGAGAAUGACGCCACCCAUGGCCAAUCCCAACAAAAGCCCCCUGAUGCCCUACAUCCAGCAGCAGCCGCCGCCGCAGCAGCCGCAGCUCCAGGCUCCCAGGGCGCACCUGAGUGAGGACCAGAAACGCAUGCUUCUCAUGAAGCAGAAAGGAGUGAUGAACCAGCCCCUGGCGUACGCGGCACUGCCCUCCCACGGUCAGGAGCAGCACCCAGUUGGGCUUCCCCGGACCACGGGCCCCAUGCAGUCCUCCGUGCCCCCAGGCUCAGGUGGCAUGGUCUCCGGCGCCAGCCCCUCGGGUCCGGGCUUCCUGGGCAGCCAGCCCCAGGCGGCCAUCAUGAAGCAGAUGCUCAUUGAUCAGCGGGCCCAGUUGAUGGAGCAGCAGAAGCAACAGUUCCUGCGGGAGCAAAGGCAGCAGCAGCAGCAGCAGCAGCAGCAGCAGCAGCAGCAGAUCCUUGCUGAGCAGCAGCUGCAGCAGUCACAUGUACCCCGGCAGCACCUCCAGCCUCAGCGGAAUCCAUACCCUGUGCAGCAGGUCAAUCAGUUUCAAGGCUCUCCGCAGGACAUGGCGGCUGUGAGAAGCCAGGCAGCCCUCCAGAGCAUGCGGACGUCGCGGUUGAUGGCACAGAACGCAGGCAUGAUGGGUAUGGGGCCCUCCCAGAACCCAGGGACAAUGGCCACGGCCGCUGCCCAGUCUGAGAUGGGACUGUCCCCUUAUAACACCACGCCUACCAGCCAACCAGGAAUGUACAAUAUGAGCCCGGGAAUGACCCAGAUGUUGCAGCACCCGAACCAAAGUGGCAUGAGCAUCGCGCACAACCAAGCCCAGGGGCCGCAGAGGCAACCCGCCUCCGGGCAAGGGGUGGGGAUGGUGAGUGGGUUUGGGCAGAGCAUGCUGGUGAACUCAGCCAUGAGCCAGCAGCACCAGCAGAUGAAAGGGCCAGUGGGCCAGGCCCUGCCCAGGCCCCAAGGCCCGCCAAGGCUGCAGAGCAUUAUGGGAACGGUCCAGCAGGGAGCCCAGGGCUGGCAGCAGAGGGGCUUACAGGGGAUGCCUGGGAGGACUAGUGGAGAAUUGGGGUCAUUCAGCAACGGGGCCAGCUACUCGCUUCAAGCCGGCCAGCCGAGGCUGACCAAGCAACACUUCCCACAGGGACUGAGCCAGGUCGUGGACGCUAACACGGGUGCCAUGAGAACCCUCAACCCGGCUGCCAUGGGUCGGCAAAUGAUGCCACCGCUCCCGGGGCAGCAAGGGACCAGCCAGGCCAGGCCGAUGGUCAUGUCUGGCCUGAGCCAGGGCGUCCCCGGCAUGCCAGUGUUCAGCCAGCCCCCAGCCCAGCAGAUGCCCAGUGGCAGCUUUGCUCCCAGCGGCCAGAGCCAAGCCUAUGAGCGGACUGCCCCUCAGGACAUGUCCUACAGUUACAGCGGGGAAGCAGCCGGGGCCUCCUUCCCAGGCCUCUCGGACAGUGCCGACCUCGUGGACUCCAUCAUCAAAGGUGGGCCGGGGGACGAGUGGAUGCAGGAGCUCGACGAGUUGUUUGGAAACCCCUAGUCAGGAGGGGGCCCAACGGGCAGAAGAAACAGGAUGUGGGCCCAUCCUGGUUUUUUGGUUUUCUGACCCACGUAAACUGAGCAAAACUGCAGCUGGCUGAGCGUGGAAGAUCCAGGUGCCAGUCCACAGCCCUGUGGGGCCUCCUUCCACCUGAUUUUCUCACAGCAGCCAAGACGAGACCAGGCAGAGCCCUGCUGCAAGAGAGGGAGGGAGCCGCACCAGAGGCAGGUGGGGGAGGCGACCCUGAGCCCCCUGCACCGCACUCCCUGCUCCGGCCCAGACGGACUGCUGCCCACGGCCCGGCAUCCGUCAGCCCCUCCUGGCCCAGGUGCGGAGCCUGCAGCUUUGGAGACACAAGAGACGGAGCCUUGGGCAGGAGGAGCCCCACAGAGGCUGCUGGGUGGUUGCACAGGUCAGACAUGUGCUGAGCUCUGGCUGGAAAGAGACCUCAGGCUCCCAGACCUGCGCCUGGCUGUGGAGGGCAGACAGACAGAACAGUGGGACGCGGCAGGGAGAGCACAGAGGCUCCUGCAGGCCUGUCUCCUGCCCGUGAUGACCCUCAGGAAUGCCAGGCGUUGCCCUUCGCGGCCUCAGCAGGACAGCCAGUGAGCUGGGAGGAGGGUCGGCCCCGUGGUCCCUGGGGCAGCCCGCUGCUGCUGACCGGGUGGCCAUCACUCCUGGUAGUUGGGCUGGAGCCUCCUGGGAACCCAGACGACAGCGACACAUCCAGGCAGUUCCCAUCCAUUACCGGCGCCGCAGGGCGGGGAAACCCUGAGGACACUGUCCUGCCCCGUGACCGCCUCCCUCCCCCACCCCACCGUCGCCCCUCCUGUGUCCACCCCAGCGUCCUUCCAGGAAGUAAUGACAUUUUUGUCUCUAGGGAGCUUGGGCAGAGUCAAAAUAAAUGCAAGAUCUUAGGUCUGAAAUGCCAAGGCGACCCUGGCGUGUUCUUUCUCUACCGCGUGUGGAGUUGAGGGGAUAGUCUGCCCGGAACUGAGCAGGCUCCGGGUGGGCUCACACACACCGCACCUGACACCUCUGGUGCACCCGGGAGGACGGCCUGGAGGGCUCCCCUGCGGGAAAAUCCAGGGGCGACACGCUAAAAUCAGCCUUGCCCCUCACCCCUACCCACCAGAAAGACAAAUCUAAACCCCUGAGAGAGGAGGCGCUGAAAAUUCAAUUACUCCACCUUACAUGUUUUGCUGACAUAAAGGAGAAAGAUAUGGUUCCUCCCAUUUGGGCAGUCACCCACUUCAGAAGUCCUGUACAGUUGUUCUCUGUGUAAUUCACUCAAAGCUGCCCUAACUGAAGCCUGUCUGCAUUGUCAGGCUUGUCUCGUAUUUACAAGGACUUGUGUGUAAGUCCUCGCCCUCCCCCACCCCCGUCCCGUUGUGGAGGCCAUGUGGCGUAACUGUUGUCCUGAGUGAGAGUGACGUGUGCUUUUCUCCUCCCACCCCCUCUCUCGGUGUCCGAAAGGCUGGCUCCCUUUCGAGCAACUCGUCACACCUGAGCCCCCCUGAGGCCCAUGGGAACUGGACUGGCAGCCCUGGGGGAAGGUCCUGAGAAAGGAGUUAGAAUGGAAAGCUGGGGGCAGAGGAUGUAGAGGCGGCAGGCAGGCACACGCGGCCUUGACUUGCUCUCCAGGUCCUAGGGCUAUAGAUGCAGCCAGCGAGGGCCAGGAUGGAGACAGAGGUGGCCAGGUGGGCCGGAGCCCAGGCAGGGGCCGUGCUGUCCCUGGGAAGAGGUGUUAGCAGGGUGACCGUGAACACCUGCAUGGGGACAGACAACACCAGGGAAACUCCUGAGUGGAAACAGACGAAAACCAAAAAAAAAAGUAAGCAAACAAGAAGACAGAAUAUAUAAUUGCCUUUUUCUGAAAGGUACAGGAAAUAAAUAUAUAAGCAAUGAUGAGAAGCUAGAGGCGGCUGAUGGAGGCGCGGCUCCAUUCCCUUUUAAAAGCUUCCUCCAAAUGCCCCGUCCUGGGACCAACUAACUAGAGAGGUAGAUUUUAAUAACGUUGUUCUGUUUUUGUUUUUACUACGGUGCUGAUGUAUAUGUAAUGUCUAAAGAAGUUAUUUGUAAAUAAGUUUUUACAAUACUGCAGAUAUCACUGGGUCUACUAUCUGUAAAAAAUAUACAUAUAAAUAUAUAUAUAUACUGUUUGUUUAAAAUAGAGUAUUUUUAUUUCAUCCCUUAACUCAUCAUCACAGCAGUGGUAUUGCACUUCAGAUGACAUCUAAUUACUAAUUUGUACUGUAUGACCUAUGGCAACUUGCUCCAUUUUAUUCAGAUUUUUCUAGUUUUCUCUUUUUACUUUGUACAUUGAGCAUUGCUUAUUUCCUCUUAAGAAAUGUACAGAACUCUGAAAUGUAGAAAUGAAGUGAUGUUGACAUACCACUUUUAAAGAAAAAAAAAACAAAUAAAAGAUUGUUAUCUGAAUCAA